AGGCCGCCCCACGUCGGCCGGAAGCGCGGCUCGGGAGGCGGAAGCGGGUUGCUCCCGCAUGGCUCUGCGGUUGCGUUGGGAGUCGUGCAGCAGGGACCAUGUAGACGGCCGGCUGCGGGGGCGCCGGGACACCGAAGGCACGUGAGGUGAAGAAGAAAAAAUGUCUCAAAAGCAGAUGAAGGAAGCUUUUGUCAGUAACCACAAUGGAACCAGUGUGCUGGAAGUCACCCAGGGCCUGUGCUUACCUGCAUUCUGUAUCCUGUGCAGAGGGCUUCUGAUCAUUCUCUCACAGCACUUGUGUUCUUCACAUACCUGGAAAACUAGAUUCUUCAUUGACUUUGUUUUCCUGAUAGUUCCCCUGGUGGCCACUUUGACCAUUUUGUCUUCAUUUGUCCUCCUUGAGCACCUUGCUGUAAUUAUCCUUGGGGCAGGGCUAUUCUAUCAAAUAUACUGCAGGAGAACUUGCUGUGCCAGAAUGCCUGUCCAGAAAAUACUUGAAAAAUUCAUGAAAAUCAGUCUGGAAUCAGAAUACGUUCCAGCCAUCUCUUGUUUCCGUGUAAUUAACAGUGCAUUUACUGCUAUUGCCAUUUUGGCUGUGGACUUCCCACUUUUUCCCAGAAGAUUUGCCAAAACUGAGCUCUAUGGGACAGGAGCAAUGGAUUUUGGAGUAGGAGGUUUUAUUUUUGGGACUGCAAUGGUUUGUCCAGAAGUCAGGAGAAAAUACACGGAAGGGUCCAGAUUUUAUUAUCUUACAAAGUCCUUGUACUCUGUUUGGCCAUUAGUUUUCCUAGGAGUAGGACGAUUAGUCAUUAUAAAAUCCAUAGGCUAUCAGGAACAUUUAACUGAGUAUGGAGUUCACUGGAACUUUUUCUUUACCUUAGUAGUUGUGAAACUGUUAACAUCACUGCUUUUGAUUAUUUUUCCUCUAAAUAAAUCCUGGAUUGUGGCCAUCAGCACUAUUGUGUUAUACCAGCUAGCCCUCGACUUGACCCCACUGAAAAGGUUAAUUUUGUAUGGCACUGAUGGUAGUGGCACAAGGAUUGGUUUAUUAAAUGCCAACCGAGAAGGAAUAAUCUCUACCUUGGGGUAUGUGGCAAUUCAUAUGGCUGGUGUGCAAACAGGGUCAUAUAUGCUUAAAAAAAGAUCACAUGUCAAAGACUGGAUAAAAGGAACGUACUGUAUUCUGCUGACAGCUAUUAGCCUCUUCAUAUCUCUUUACAUAGUUCAGGUAAAUGUAGAAGUAGUAUCUCGGAGAAUGGCCAAUUUAGCCUUUUGUAUUUGGAUAGUUGCUUCUAGCCUGAUCCUUCUUAGUAGUUUAUUACUGGGUGAUAUAAUUUUGAGUUUUGCAAGAUUUCUAAUUAAAGGGGCUGUAGUACCAUGUUCUUGGAAACCAGUCCAGUUGUCUGCCACAAAUAAAAAGCAUUCAGAAUCUCUAGUCUCUGAAGCUGAAAGAAAGGAACCCAGUCUUUGUUUAAUUACAGCUAUGAACAGAAACCAGUUAAUUUUUUUCUUGCUGUCAAAUAUAACUACUGGUCUGAUCAACCUGUUGGUAGAUACGUUAUACAGCAGUACCUUGUGGGCCUUAAUUGUGCUCAAUCUCUAUAUGUUUACCAACUGUUUAGUUAUAUAUGUGUUACACUUGCAAGAUAAGACUAUAAAAUUGUGGUGAUCAGCAUAGGUACAAAGUACUUGUGUUACAAAAAUAUUAUUUUAAUGAGGAAGAACAUUAAAUGUGAAGAAAGUGGGCUUUUGGCAACCCAGUGCUAACCAUAUUAUAGAAUUAAGUUUCAAUCCUCUAUAAUAGUAGUGAUGCUUACUGUUUUAAUGUAUCCUAACACCAUAUAAUUUUAAAGAAACUGCAGUCGUGACACUGAAAGAUUAGAGGGUAGGGAGGAGGAUUUUUACUUUCCAUCUUAUAUCACAAACCAUUCUGUAUUUUUUUAUUGUAUGACAUAAUAAAAUUUACAUUAAAACAUCUCAGCAUGAUCGUGA